AUGUCUCGCUACACAAAUUUAUCCAAUCCAGAACAUCAAAACCCGCCAUACAGCGCUAGCAACGAAGACAAGCCUUUCCUCCCAACCGCACAUGAGAGAGAAGAUUAUACCUCUCCAGCCGCCAGCCGGCCCCGCUCACGCCUCUGCUCCGCCCUCAUCGUCGCUUCUACAUCGCUAACCCUCGGCCUCCUUGCCUUGAUCCUCAUCGUCGCUCAGCACCGCCACCCAACAAGCGCCGUCUCACUCUGGGCCACCUACCAAGGCGGCUCCACCGUCGUCGAGCACUGCGGCAGCUCACCACAAGGAGCCCAAGCACUCGGCUGCACCUGGGACCUCAUGAGCUACGGCUGGGUGCACCCGCGCUGCGUCAAGCCCGACGAGUCGCAAAUGUGGAUCCAGAAGCACGGGCCCUGGAAGUGGUACUACGACGGGAAUGCUACGCAGGAGAUUCCUCUAGAGGACCUGCCGAUGACAGUGCGCGCCCAUACCGAUGGCCAUCUUGUUACCGAUGAGGCGAUUGCCCUGGCGCAUACGCAGCAUUGUGUGGGUGUGAUUGCGUCAUCCGAGAAUACGAAUACUAAGCAGAUUAAUACGGCUGUGGAUAUGCUGUUUGCGCGGUGUGUGACGCUUAAUUAG